ACUCUUGGAGAGGUGAGCGCGGCGGCUGAUCGGUCGCGCGGCUCAGAGUCAGGACUAGCGGGAGGUCCUGGGGUGCGCUCCAGGCUCCCACCUCCUCCCCCGACACGCGGGCCGGCGGGGCAUGCGCCGCGGACUCUGACUGGGCACCGACCGGGCUCCGGGAGCGCGAGGAGCCGCGGCUCCGGCCAUGGGCAGCUUCCAGCUGGAGGACUUCGCGGCGGGCUGGAUCGGAGGUGCAGCCAGUGUCAUCGUUGGCCACCCUCUAGACACAGUCAAGACUCGCCUGCAGGCCGGCGUCAACUAUGAGAACACCCUCAGCUGCAUCCGCACGGUGUACAGGAGGGAGAGUGUGUUCGGCUUCUUCAAGGGCAUGUCCUUUCCCCUUGCCAGCAUCGCUGUCUACAACUCGGUGGUCUUUGGGGUCUUCAGUAACACGCAGCGGUUCCUCAGCCAGCACCACGGCCGGGAGUCCGAGGCCAGCCGGUCCCGCACACUGUCUGACCUUCUCCUGGCCAGCAUGGUGGCCGGCGUGGUCUCCGUCGGGGUGGGGACGCCCGUAGACCUCAUCAAGAUCCGGCUGCAGAUGCAAACGCAGCCGUUUCAGGAAGCCAACCUUGGUUUGAAACCCAGGGCAGUGGCUCUUGGGGUGCAGCCCAUUUACCAGGGACCUGUGCAUUGCAUUGCAACCAUCGUGCGGACUGAGGGCCUGGCAGGGAUGUACCGGGGCGUUGGUGCCAUGCUGCUGAGGGAUGUCCCAGGCUACUGCCUCUACUUCAUCCCCUAUGUGUUCCUGAAUGAGUGGAUCACACCUGAGGCCUGCACGGGCCCCAGCCCCUGUGCCGUGUGGCUAGCCGGUGGCAUGGCAGGAGCAAUUUCUUGGGGGACGGCAACUCCUAUGGAUGUCGUGAAAAGUCGACUCCAAGCUGACGGGGUUUAUUUAAACAAAUACAAAGGUGUCCUGGAUUGUAUCUCCCAGAGUUACCAGAAGGAAGGUCUUAAAGUGUUUUUCAGAGGCAUCACGGUGAACACCGUGCGUGGCUUCCCCAUGAGUGCCACCAUGUUCCUUGGGUAUGAGCUUUCACUGAAGGCGAUCCGUGGGGACCACACCGUGCCCAGCCCCUGAGCGCCAGCCAGCGUGAAAGUCCUGGGAGAGCUGUGACUGUUUCUUCACUUCUCUAUUGCUGGUGCCUCGCAUAGAACCUGACACUGAGAUAGCCACUCAGAAACAUCAUUGAGAAGAUGGACAAUCAACUUCCAGUAUCCCCUCAACUCCUUCUCUUCUCUUCCUCCCUGUUUCUCCUUCUCUGGCUCCACAGUGGUAACUGCAGACGUGAGAAGACAAAGGGGAAUGAGUCAGUGAAUUUUCUAGUCAACAAGAAACCAUUUUGCUUUGGCCUUGGUGACCGCAAAUUCUGUCAAGAAGGAUGGCCUUCGUCAGAAAGGUCUAGCAAACCUCCCUGCUGUUACCCCUGGGGCAGCAAAGGCCUGCUGGCAUGUGUGAAUGGGGCCAGACCCUAGACCCAGGGGAAGGGCAUGAUGGAUGAGACCGACAAGACUGAACCCAGGACAAGCCCUGGAACGGCGGCUUUAUAUCAAAUGCUUUAGCUUUUCACUAAAGCACCCCCAUUCACGGCUCUCUUGGCUCUUCGCCCUCUCUUCUAAAAGGAAAAGAGGAGUCACACAUUUUGCAUACUUAAACAUCUUGAGUGAAGCACUACUGUCCUUGGGUUUUGUCUGGGACAAGGCAGAGGAAUAGUCUGGUUCUCAAAGCUGUGCUCAGAUACUGGCCACUCUCCCCGUGACCAGAAGAGAGUGGCUUUCCAAAAAAUCCUGUAAUAAAAUCAGUGCCUCUUUACUGUAGAAAAAAAAAGAAAAAACCCAACAACAACAGAAAAUAUAAACAGAA